AUGGCUCCUUCGAGCGAGGCCGGGUUCAUGAUGUCGGACGCCCCGUCCAUUGCGCCGCACCGACGCAACAUGGGCUUCCCAUCGUCCUCGUCCGCGCGCCCUCGCGGGCCGCCCUCGGAGAACCUCGGCGCCCCUAGUGAGGACGGCACCGAGGGCUUCGCCGACGACCAGGUGCCUCGCACCAGCCGUGCCAACGGCCAGGGUCACGUCCCCCGCGUGCAGGACCUUAUUGGUGGUCUUGUCCAAGACCACUUUGCCGCCUUUGUUGAAAGCUUCGUUGAACAGCCUGUUUCUUCUGGCGCCCCCGCCUCUAGCGCAGUCACCACCGAUAAAUUUUAUAUUGCUCAAAUAAAAGCCAUGCGCACAUUCGCUUUGUCAACAUUUUACGUCGAUUUCAAGCACCUUGCAUCAUGGGAGAAUGGCAGUUUGGCCGACGGCGUCAUCCGCCAGUACUACCGCUUCCUGCCCUUCAUCACCGCCGCCCUCAAUGGCCUCAUCGCAAAGUAUGAGCCUCAGUACUACCGCGACCACCGACAGCCUACAUCCAUGUCGAGCGCCGUAUCAACCUCGGCGGCCAACCAGAUGGGCUCUGGCAGCCAAUCAGAGUCCACACACCGCAUGAACGAGCACCAGCAGACCGACAAGCUCUUCUCCGUCGCGUUUUACAACCUACCGCUCGUCUCGCGCGUCCGUAGCCUCCGCGCCGCCAACAUUGGCCAGCUGCUCUCCAUCUCUGGCACGGUUACCAGAACCUCCGAGGUCCGCCCCGAACUGUCGCUCGCCACCUUUGUCUGCGAGGCCUGCCGUGCGGUGGUGCAGAACGUCGAGCAGACCUUCCGCUAUACAGAACCGACACAGUGCCCCAACGCCACCUGCCAAAAUCGCGUAGGAUGGCAACUGGAUAUUCGUCGUAGCACCUUUGUCGACUGGCAAAAGGUGCGCAUCCAGGAAAACAGUUCCGAGAUCCCAACAGGCUCCAUGCCUCGUACCAUGGAUGUCAUCCUCCGGGGCGAAAUCGUCGACCGCGCAAAGGCCGGCGAGAAGUGCAUCUUCACCGGUGCCUUGAUUGUCGUCCCUGACGUGAGCCAACUGGGCCUUCCCGGUUUGAAGCCGAGUGCGGUUCGCGACGACCGCGGUGCCCCGGGCGGUGAGGCUGGUGGUGCGGGCGUCAGCGGUCUCAAGGCCCUCGGUGUGCGUGAUCUCACUUACAGACUAGCCUUCCUGGCCUGUAUGGUCAGCCCUGAUACCACCUCGGCUGGUAGAACUGCCGCUGCCGGUGCUGCCGACGCCAUUGCUGCCAUGACCCAGAACAUCGACCCUGAUGAGAAGCAAAGUGUGGAACAAGCGCAGACCACCAUCCUGUCUUCCAUGAACCAAUCCGAGAUUGAAGACCUGCGAGCGAUGGUGCACGGUGAACACAUCUACUCGCGCCUCGUCCAGUCGAUCGCGCCGAUGGUAUACGGCCACGAAGUUGUUAAGAAGGGUCUCCUGCUGCAGCUCAUGUCUGGUGUCCACAAGACCACCCCUGAAGGCAUGCAGCUGCGCGGUGACAUCAACAUCUGCAUCGUCGGCGACCCGUCCACCUCCAAGUCUCAGUUUCUGAAGUAUAUCUGCUCUUUUGCCCCGCGCGCCGUCUACACCUCGGGUAAAGCCUCGUCCGCCGCCGGUCUGACCGCCGCCGUGGUCAAGGACGAGGAAACGGGCGAGUUCACCAUUGAGGCCGGUGCGCUCAUGCUCGCCGACAACGGCAUUUGCGCCAUUGACGAGUUCGACAAGAUGGACAUUGCCGACCAGGUCGCCAUCCACGAGGCCAUGGAGCAGCAGACCAUUUCCAUUGCCAAGGCCGGUAUCCAGGCGACCCUCAACGCGCGCACCAGUAUCCUCGCAGCCGCCAACCCCGUUGGCGGCCGCUACGACCGCAAGGCUACGCUGCGCGCCAACAUCAACAUGUCAGCGCCCAUCAUGUCGCGCUUUGACCUCUUCUUCGUCGUGCUCGACGAGUGCAACGAGCGGGUCGACCGCCACCUCGCCGCGCACAUCGUCGGCGUCCACCAGCACCGCGACGACGCCGUCCAGCCCGAGUUCAGCACCGAGCAGCUGCAGCGUUACAUCCGCUUCGCGCGCACCUUCCGACCCGAAUUCACCGACGAGUCCAAGGAGGUGCUCGUCGAGAAGUACCGCGAGCUGCGCCAGGACGACGCCCAGGGCGGCAUCGGCAGGAACUCGUACCGCAUCACCGUCCGCCAGCUCGAGAGCAUGAUCCGCCUCUCCGAGGCUAUCGCCAAGGUCAACUGCGUCGAGACCAUCAGCCCGGUGAUGGUCGUCGAGGCGUACAACCUGCUCCGCCAGAGCAUCAUCUCCGUCGAGCACGAGGACGUCGAGAUGGACGGUGAGGACGAGGACGGGCCCGAGAGCGGCGAGUCCCUGCGCCGCGCCGCCGCGGCCGCCUCCGGCAUAGAUAUGGAGAACGACGGCGACGGCGACGACGAUCCCGACGCCGCGAUGCAGGACAGCGUGGCCGCCGUCGCAGCGUCCUCGGACCGCGCCAAGCGCAAGAUCACGUACGACAAGUACAUCAAGAUGGUCAACAUCUUCGUGCACCGCGUCAACUCGGACGAGAGCGGCACCGGCGAUGGCGUCGCCAGCUCCGCCCUCGUCGCCUGGUACCUCGAGCAGGUCGAGGCCGAGCUCGCCGACGAGGAUGACUACCACGCCGAGGCGGCCCUGGCCGCCAUGGUCCUCAAACGCAUGGUGCGCGAACGUAUCCUCAUGGCCCUCCGCGGUCAGGGACUCGCCGAAGGCGAGGCGGCGGCCGGCGCCUCAUCGUCGUCGGCAACUGCUACCGACAAGGUUAUCUACGUCAUGCACCCCAACUGCGCCGUUGAAGACUUAUGA